AUGGCUAAGUCUAAAAGGAAAAUAAAAAAUUCCCCAAGAAUGAAUCGUUUAUAAAAUAAUGUCUGGAAGUAUGCAAAUAUUUAUUAAGACCUUGGAGGGCGAAACACUUGUGCUUGAUGUUAAUUCUUCAGAUACUGUUUAUGAUGUCAAAACUAAGCUUAAAAACCUCAAGCGCAUCUCUAUUAAUAAACAAAGACUUAUUUUUGCGGGAAAAAUAUUAGAAAACAUAGGAACACUUGCAAGUUACAAUGUUCAAAGCGGAUCAUUUUUCCAUUUGGUUUUUAAUAGUAAAAUAAUGAGUCCUACUUUAUAG